AUGACUACUCCCAGUGUCACACGUCAAUAUCAGCUCCCUCAGAUCGGCACGUACAACAACCUUGUUUUAACAGAGGGUCAAGUCCCUCUACCGAGAGCAAACGAAGUAUUACUGAAAGUCCACGCCGUUUCUCUUCAAUUCCGCGAUCUCAUCGUCUCAAAGGGGCUGUAUGGUGUCCCGAUGCCUGAUAACUUAAUCCCAUGCUCCGACAUGGCUGGCGAGAUCAUCGCACUUGGAAAGGUCGUUCAAAACUGGAAAGUCGGCGACAGAGUGUGCUCUAACUUUGCGACCGACCAUAUCCACGGACCUACGAACCCGGCUAUCCAAAAGUCCUCAUUGGGUGCUCAAUCCCAUGGCGUUCUGACCCAAUACAAAGUCGUUCCUGCCCACUCACUCGUGGCUAUUCCGGAACAUCUCUCGUACGAGGAGGCGUCGACUCUGCCUUGUGCUGCUUUAACUGCCUACAAUGCCUUGAAUGGCCCUGUUCCCAUCAAGGCAGGAGACUACGUUCUCGUCCUUGGAACCGGCGGAGUUUCGAUUGCUGCCCUGCAAUUUGCGGUGGCUGCGGGCGCCACUGUCAUCGCAACCUCUUCUUCCGACGAGAAGUUGAAGAUUGCUUCGAAACUUGGUGCUAAACACGUCAUCAACUACAACAAGACCCCACAGUGGGAUGAAGAGAUCAAGAAGAUCACUAAAGACGUUGGGGUUGAUCAUGUCAUCGAGGUCGGCGGCCCAGGGACUUUGCAAAAAUCAAUCAACUCUACCCGAGUAGGCAGUGGAUACAUCCAUAUCAUUGGUUUCGUUUCUCAGGACAAGGGCGACUCGAAUCCUAUUCUUCCACUUAUUAGAAACGCGGUCACGCUGCGCGGAAUCCAGAUUGGCUCCGUUGCACAGUUCGAAGACAUGAAUCGACUCAUCACUGCCAACCCCGACGUAACCAGACCAGUCAUUGACAGGGUCUUCGCCUUCGAAAAGGCUAUCGAUGCCUAUGCCCACCUCGAAUCCCAGAAGCAUGUUGGUAAGGUUGUCGUCAAGGUUGCCUGA